AUGGCCUUCCAAGUCCCCUUCCCCAAGCCGGGUCUUGCGGCCGUGACCUCAGAUCUCUGGCCGUCAAUGACACGGUUGUUUAAUGCGCCCCGGAAUAACGUCGAACACUCCUCCCGCUCCGGAUAUGCCGCCCCUCAGCCCUCUCAACGCGCGGUUGCGGAAGCAACCUCCACGGGAUCAAGUGGUGUGCAGCUGCCCGAGUUCCUGGCUACUGUGUCUUCCGAGGCGUUGAAGGCAAGCAUCUUGAACAAGACCACUCAAAGCGGAUGGUCUCGCUCCUUGCUCAAUGGAACCACAAUGUGGACCUCGCCGUCUCUUGCUACCCGUCAUCUUGCCUCUCCCUCUGCUCGUUCCUACUCCACGAUAUCCAUGUCCGUCAACCGUCUUCGCCACGCCCCCCAAGUACAAGGUCUCUCCCGGUUACAGCAACAGCGUUUUCUGUUUGGUGGUUCUUCUCACAAUCUGUUGGCGCAGAAGGAGAAGACUGCCAACAACAACCCUAGCAGCGCAAACGCUCAGAAUGCUUUCUACCAGGCCCUCCUCCGUGCAAACCACCCUGCCAUUGUCGUUGAACGGUACAAAAGCGGUCAUUUUGCCACCAAUGCGGCUACGGACGAACUCUACAUGAAAGCCCUGCAACGCGUUGGCGGCGUGGACUCUGCGGUAGCGGUCCCUGCGUCCGGCCAGGCCGUCAGCCCCGAGCGGCUGCAAGCCAUCGGUCAGGCCGUCGCAACUCAGUUUCACGGUGGACAAUUCGGUUCUUCUACCCACUACGGUUCAGCAGUCAAGCAGACUGGCACUGGAAACAAGGAAGAUCCUCUGCACGUGGUUGUGGAGGAGUCAACCGGAAGUGCUGUCUUCAGAUGGGUCAAGUUCCUGUUCUACUUCGCCUUCUUCGCUUAUCUGUCUCUGGUUAUGAUCACAAUCUUGGUUGAAACGACUGGUGCCCUGAAGAACAUCAGGGGCCCGCAGAACAGCGAAGCUCAGCCUCAGCAGCAGACUGUCCGUUUCAGCGAUGUGCAUGGUUGCGAUGAAGCCAAGGAAGAACUUCAGGAACUCGUCGAAUUUCUCACUAACCCCGAUCGCUUCUCCUCGCUUGGUGGCAAGCUGCCCAAGGGUGUUCUCCUGGUUGGUCCUCCUGGUACCGGAAAGACUUUGCUGGCUCGUGCUGUUGCAGGAGAGGCUGGUGUUCCUUUCUUCUACAUGUCUGGCUCUGAAUUCGAUGAGGUCUACGUGGGUGUCGGCGCCAAGCGCGUUCGUGAGUUGUUCACUCAAGCCCGCAGCAAGUCCCCCGCUAUCAUCUUCAUUGAUGAGUUGGAUGCCAUUGGUGCCAAGAGGAACGAGAGGGAUGCCGCCUACGUGAAGCAAACCUUGAAUCAACUGCUUACUGAACUCGAUGGCUUUUCCCAAAGCAGCGGAGUGAUCAUCAUCGCCGCAACCAACUACCCCCAACUUCUGGAUAAGGCUCUCACGCGUCCUGGUCGCUUUGAUCGCAAGGUGACUGUUGGUCUUCCCGACGUCCGUGGUCGUAUGGAUAUUCUCCGACACCACAUGAAGGAGGUCCAGGUCAGCAUGGAUGUUGAUGUUGGUGUCAUUGCUCGUGGUACCCCCGGUUUCUCUGGUGCCGAUUUGGAGAACCUUGUUAACCAAGCUGCCAUCUAUGCCAGCCGUAACAAGCAAACCAAGGUUGGCCCGAAGGACUUCGACUGGGCUAAGGACAAGAUCAUGAUGGGUGCUGAGGCUCGCAGCCGUAUCAUUCAGGACAAGGACAAAAUCCUCACUGCCUACCACGAGGCCGGUCACGCUCUCGUUGCUUACUUCUCUCCUUCCUCUACGCCUUUGUACAAGAUCACCAUUGUUCCUCGAGGCAUGGCCUUGGGUGUGACUCACUUCCUGCCUGAGAUGGACAUGGUCUCGAGAAAUUACACUGAAUACCUUUCGGAUAUCGACGUCUCCAUGGGCGGUAAGGCUGCCGAGGAGCUCGUUUUCGGCCCCGACAAGGUGACCAGUGGAAUCUCUGCGGACAUUCAACAAGCCACUGAAACUGCCUUUACCUUGGUCACCCGUUUCGGCUACUCCAAGAAGCUCGGAAACGUUGACCUGUCGAGCAACUAUGACAGCCUCUCAUCGGAAACGAAGCAGGAGAUUGAAUCCGAAGUCCGUCGUUUAGUCGAGGAGGGUCGUGCCCGCGCUAGCAACAUUCUGACUGAGAAGCGGGAGGAGCUGGAGCUCUUGACCAAGGCUUUGAUUGAAUACGAGACACUGACAAAGGAGGAGAUGGAGAAGGUUCUGCGAGGCGAAAAGCUCGACAAGCUGCAAUCAGCUCCCGCGGCGCCGCUGAAAUUGCCCGAAGCCCUACAGACGGCCCGGCUACCACCUACAGUGACCAGCGGAAAUUCCGUCCAGGAAUAA